UGAAAAUAAUGUAAUGACCAAAAUAGGUUAAUUUAAAAAACAAAAAAACAAAAAUGUUUUUAAAACGAUUGUAUUUUAAACUGUCAAUGUGAUACAUCUGUGUGUGUUUAAACUCUGUAGAAAAUUAUAGUAGUACAAAUAGUAGUACAAAUCUGCGUUAGGUUUGUGUCAUGACAAAAACGGGUGUAUUAUUUAGAAACGGAACCAGAAUCGAAGAUUCAAGUUCCUUUGUGUUGCCGUUGAGACGCUGGAGUGUGUAACACACUCGCGUUGAACUGGAAGUCUGGGAUUGAAUGUGCCCAUGUGGUACACUGUGAGACAGGAGGGUUCAAACAAUUAUAAAUAAAACUGAAACAUUAAGUCCAGAAAUACAUGUUUGAAUGAUCGCCUGCUGAAAUCACCAAAGGACCGAUAAUGUUAAAAGAAGCACUUGAAGGGCAGGUUACAGCUGUUUGUAAUGCCAUUACAGCUUCGGUGCAGUUUCAGGUGGAGCCGGUGGGAAGGUGGUUUGAAGCAUUCUUGAAAAGAAGGACCAGAAAUGUUUCAGCCUCUUUCCGGGAGCUGGAGGAAGAGAAGGAGCUUUCUGAAGAAUCUGAAGAUGAGGAUCUGCAGCUAGAGGAGUACCCCAUGCUAAAAACAUUAGACCCCAAAGACUGGAAGAAUCAGGAUCACUAUGCAGUGUUUGGUCUGGGUCAUUUAAGGUACAAGGCAACACAAAAGCAAAUCAAAGCAGCUCACAAAGCAAUGGUUUUAAAACACCACCCGGACAAAAGGAAAGCAGCUGGAGAGAAGAUAGUGGAAGGAGACAAUGACUAUUUCACCUGCAUAACAAAAGCCUAUGAAAUACUGUCAGAUCCUGUGAAGCGGCGAGCAUUUGACAGUGUAGAUCCUACAUUUGACAAUGCAAUACCUUCAAAAAGUGAAGGCAAAGAAAACUUCUUCAAGGUUUAUGCACCUGUUUUUGAAAGGAAUGCCAGGUGGACAAAUAAAAAAUAUGUUCCUAACCUGGGUGACAUGAGUGCAUCAUUUGAAGAGGUUGAUGCCUUUUAUUCAUUUUGGUACAACUUUGACUCUUGGAGAGAGUUUUCUUACUUGGAUGAAGAAGAAAAGGAAAAGGCAGAAUGCCGGGACGAGAGGAGGUGGAUUGAAAAACAAAACAGAGGGGCUCGAGCACAGAGAAAAAAAGAAGAAAUGAAUAGAAUAAGGACAUUAGUGGACACUGCUUACAGUUUUGAUCCCCGGAUAAAGAAGUUCAAAGAUGACGAGAAAGCAAGAAAGGAGGCUGAGAAGAAAGCAAAAGUUGAUGCAAAGCGGAAGGAACAAGAAGAAAAAGAAAGGGCUAGACAGGCUGAGCUUGAAGCCGCUCGCCUGGCCAAGGAGAAGGAAGAGGAGGAAGCCAAACAGGUGGCCAUGCAGGCCAAGAAAGAGAAAGAAAUUCAGAAGAAAGCCAGUAAAAAAGAGAGGCAAAAACUUAGGACAACAUGCAAGAACUGGAACUACUUUGCUGAUAAUGAAGCUGAAAGUGUGAAAAUGAUGGAAGAAGUAGAAAAACUUUGCGAUCGCCUGGAGCUUUUGAGUAUGCAAUCUCUGAAUGAAGUGCUUGCAUCAAGUACAAAGGAAGAAAGCAAGACUGCUGUCGAGAAAAUGAUCCAGGAGGUGAAUGCCCAGCUCCUGAAAGAGAAGGAAGAGGCAGAGGCCCGGGCUCGCCAGUCUUCAAAGAGUUCUGAACAGUCGAGUAGCGGUGCUGGAGGUGGGAGUAAAACCUGGAACGAGGAUGACCUGCAGCUGCUUAUUAAAGCUGUCAACCUUUUUCCUGCUGGAACUAAUGCUAGAUGGGAAGUAAUUGCCAACUACAUGAAUUUGCACUCCACUAGUGGAAUCAGAAGGAAUGCCAAGGAUGUCAUAAAUAAAGCCAAGAAUUUACAAAAACUUGAUCCUAUUCAGAAAGAUGAAAUCAACAAGAAAGCUUUUGAGAAGUUUAAAAAGGAGCAUUCUGUUGUACCUCCAACUGUGGACAACGCAGUGCCUUCAGAAAGGUUUGAAGGUUCAAGUGCAGAUGGAACUGCAUCGCCUUGGACAACUGAAGAGCAAAAGCUCUUGGAACAAGCUUUAAAAACGUUUCCAGUCAGCACUCCUGAGAGAUGGGAGAAGAUAGCUGGGGUUGUUCCAGGCAGGUCUAAGAAGGAAUGCAUGAAGAGAUACAAGGAACUAGUAGAGAUGGUUAAAGCCAAGAAAGCUGCCCAAGAACAAGUUUCUACUAAAAGUAAAAAGUGACAAGUAUAACCACCUGUUAUUUUAUUGUUGUGUGUUUGUCUUUAUUUUAUAAUAAAAAAUACAAACAAAGUGUA